AUGGCACUUGUGUUCAUGUGGAUUUGUCUAACAAGUGUUCUUCUAUCAGGCAGUUAUGCUCAGAUAUGUGCACCUUGCCAUCAAGAUGCAACAUGUAGGGCUGGAACCUGUAUAUGCAAUGCUGGCUUCACUGGAAAUGGAAUGGAUUGUCAAGAUAACGACCCUCCAGUAUUUACGGCCAAUUCCUGUCCGUCUGAUAGAACUAAAGUGGCUGAUCCUAGAAGCAUGGAAACCAUGGUAACAUGGAGUGAUCCUACAGCCACUGAUUCUACCAAUGUUGCUCCUACUGUGCAAUGCACACCGGCCUCAGGAACGGACUUCACGAUUGGUCAGACACCUGUCACAUGUACAGCAACAGAUGCUGCUGGAAAUAUGGCCACACCUGACUGUACAUUUACUGUGACUGUUGAAGAUUUUAAUGAGUGCACUGCAACGAACUCUGACCGCCAUACUUGCGAUGAAAGUAUAUCAGUCUGCAUGAAUACAGAUGGAGACUACAACUGCAACUGUAAUGCCGGCUACAGUAAUAACAAUGGAGAUGGGAAGACAUGCGAAGACAUUUAUGAAUGCCAGCCAUCACCUUGCACCAACGCUCAAUGCACCAACACCGCAGGAAGCUUUACGUGCACUUGCAAUGCUGGCUAUAGUCAAUCUAGCGGAGAUGCAACAAUGUGUAUAGAUGAUCCUCCAGUCUUUGAUACCCAGUGCCCAGCAGACAUCAAUCGAUUUGCCGACCCAAGAAGUACCACAACAACUGUAACCUGGACCGAUCCCAUGGCAUCUGAUGUUGUUGACGGUGGAUCAGUAAAUGUUGUAUGUAAUCCACCAUCUGGACGAGAUUUACAAAUUGGCACCCAUAGAGUCACAUGUACAGCUACGGAUUCUGCUGGAAAUACACGAGACUGUUCAUUUGAUGUGAUCAUCACGGAUUUCAAUGAGUGCACUGCCUCAGUGGGUUCACCUGGUCGUCAUGAUUGUGUCAAUGCUGAGUGUAGUAAUGAAGAUGGAGGGUUCUCAUGUACAUGCAACAAUGGCUACAGUAAACCUAACAUGGAUGAUCAUACUUGCUCAGACACUACUCCUCCCGUCUUUGAUCCCAACACCUGUAGGUCACCAGAUGCUCAAGUUGCGGAUCCUGAAAGUAUGACAUCAACUUCAGUUACUUGGACCACUCCUACAGCCACGGAUACUACAGGAAUAGCUCCUACUGUGACGUGUACACCAUCAACCAAUCACGCCUUUAGGAUUGGUGAUACGGAUGUCACAUGUAUAGCAAGAGAUGCUGCUGGCAAUAUGGCUCUGAUUAACUGUGCAUUCACAGUCACCGUUAUAGAUUUCGAUGAAUGCUCUGCAGUGAUGAAUAGAGAUAAUUGUGACACCUUUGCAAACUGUACAAACAUAGAUGGAGGUUUUCUGUGCACGUGUACAGCUGGCUACACUGGUAGUGGAGUGACGUGCACAGAAUGUGCUGAUGGUUUCUUUGGACUUGGAUGUUUGUCACGCUGCACAUGCAUACAAGGCGCAGAUUGUAAUAACGUGAAUGGUGCAUGCACCUGUACUCCUGGGUUUACAAAUGCUGUAUGCGACAAAGAUUACCUGGACGUAGAAUUAUCUGUGACCGAGGAACCAGUCUUGGACACAGCUGCUGUUGAUAACGCUUCACUGCGGUGUCAAGUCAAUCUACCUUCAGGAGAUCUGGAUCCUGCGAAUCCCGUGAUAAUAACCAAUCCUGACGGAACAUCAGAGACUGCCAGUAUGAUAAUGGAGGGUUUGUAUGAGAUCAUCGUACAUGACAUCAGCCCAGCCAUCAGUGGGAAAUAUACAUGUACAGCGACAACGGUGAUAAAUGGAGUUGGAUUGUCAGAUUCAGAUGAAUUUGAAUUAGAUGUCCUUGGACCUGGGCGCAUCAUAUCACUAAAUGAGAGCACCGAGGGUAAAUUAGGAGAAACUGCAACUGUCUACUGCGUAGUAAAUGCUCGACCAAGACCUGUGAUCACAUGGUACGAUAAGAACAAUGCAGUCAUAGAGGCUACUGAUCCUAAGUAUUCCAUUUUAUCGGUUGAUGGCCAAGAACGUCUGACUAGUUCACUGAGUGUGCUGAAUCUUGCCCGAGUUGAUAAUGGAACUUAUAUCUGUGAGACUUCGAAUAGUCUUACUCAGGAUAAAGAUCGAAGGGAGGCUGCCAUUAUUGUUAUCGAGGUUCCUGAGGUAGAUAAUGUUGAUGCCACGGCCGUUAGUGCCACAGAAGUCGAGGUCACUUGGAGAGUCAGUUAUGAUGGUAAUGCUCUGCCAUUCAUGUGUAAGGUGGAUUACCGAAAACCUGGACGUCCUGAUUGGACACUUGGGGCAUUCGCUGAGGAGCCACCACUAUCACGACGCAUUACAAACCUCGAUGCGUAUACUGAUUACCCAGUCAGGGUAAUCUGUCGGAACAGAGCUGGUGUAGGCUUGGAAGUAAUGCUACCAAACCCAAUUAGAACUCUACAGGCAGCACCUGAUGCCCCAGAGAAUGUCCGAGUGACAGCGAUUACUUCGAGCUCUCUCACUGUGGAGUGGGAUGCACCUGUAAUCAAGAGAGGCACUAUUGCUUACUACGUUGUAACAGUUGACUCCGCAUUUGAUGAGCCAAAGUCACACCGAACCCCUGGACCAGGAAACCCUGCACCCUUAUCUCUGGUCGUGAGUGAAUUGAGUCCGUACCGAGACUACACUAUUUUUGUGACGGCAUUCAACGUGGAAAGAAGCAAUGAGCUGAAGGGAGCUGAUUCUCAAAUGAUUGCACACAAGACUGCACAGAGUGUUCCAUCAGCACCUGUUAACGUUCUUCUGGACAAUGAAGGAGACACAUGCAUCUUCACGUGGGAUCCACCUGAACACGAAAAUGGCAUCAUUGUUUCCUACAAGAUUUUCCGUAAUGCGUACCUGUUCCCAGACGCUGGAACAGAAAACAUGGAUGAAAUCCCUGAUUUGGAAAAGUCUGACUUCGUUGUCACCAAUGUGACUUCAAGAUCGUACUCUGUCAGAAAGGUCGACUUGACUGUCUACACUCGGUACAGAUUUGAAGUCCGUGCCUCUACUCAAGCCGGUGAGGGAGCUGUCAGUACGGAGACCGAUUUGACGUGUGAUUCACCGCGAGCAGUUCCCGCUGAGCUACAACAACCGAUGGUGUCCGACUCCUCCGAGAAUCAGAUCACAGACAGCACUUUCACGAUGAAAGCUGGACCGGUUAGUCAACGAAACGGACCCAUCAGCUGCGUGGAGUUGACCAUCAUUCGACUGAAUGAUGAUGAAGUUAUUGAGGGCAAGGAUCCGGAUGUUUUGUAUCACCCUGAUAUCCAUCGAUCUUACGAGGAAGCUCAAGCGGCACCAGGACUACCUUACAUAGCUGUAGUGCUAGAAGGGUAA